AUGAGGCUCAUUCUGCUUCUGCUCUUCUUAGCUGUGGCGACCCACGCAGGUUUGCUGGAUCUUGGCAAAGUCAAAGAAUUCUUCAAAGGAGGAAAUCUCGGCGAAAAAAUUCAAAGCCGCAACACUCUCGAAGUUCAAAAAGCUCUUCGAAAAGACUGGCGUUCUUUCACUUGGCAGCAAACUGACUUGAGAAGUAAGAUGAUGAAAAAGCUUCAACUAUCGAAUGAAAAGAAAGCAGAAAUUGAUCGCAAGCUCAAGGAAAUUGAGGAGAGACGAGAUGAUACCGUUGAAGACUUGAAAGACACGAUAUUCGAAAUCAAUUCAGAAAAGAACGUCGGCAAAGUUCUUUUCCAGAGUGAUAUCCUACUGACAAAAAGGCAACAAGAAGAAUUAAUGGAAGGCGUCGAAGGAACGUCCGGUCGAUCCAAAAGACAAGCGUUCAAGGAUCAAGCAUAUCCUAACACCACGUGGCAGCAAGGAGUCUUCUACCGCUUCGACGAUGGUGUAGGUCAGUUUCAGAGCUUUAUUUUUCUUAGACCUCAUUUGUAUUGA